CUGAGGUUCCGGGGCGCGCCGCGGGGGCGGCGGCGGCGGCCUGGGCUUCGGGCGGGAUGGAGGAGGCCGCGAUCGGGGAUGCCGAACUCAACUGGUCUCGCCUUAACGUGUCGGCCGAGGCCCUGGAGUCGGAGCUGGAGGCGCGCGCCGAGGAGCGGCGGGGCUCGCGGGAGGCGCUGCUGCGGCUGCUGCUGCCCUACACCCGGCUGACGUCGCUGCCGCGGGCGCUGGGCGGCGGUUUCCCGCACCUCCAGCUCCUGGACGUGAGCGGCAACGCGCUCACGGCGCUGGGGCCCGAGCUGCUGACGCUGAGCGGCCUGCGCACGCUGCUGGCCAGGAACAACCGGCUCGGCGGCCCGGGCUCGCUGCCCAAGGGCCUGGCCCUCUCGCCGCUCUGCCGCAGCCUCCAGGUGCUCAACCUCAGCGGCAACUGCUUCCAGGAGGUGCCCCCCUCGCUGCUGGAGCUGCGGGCGCUGCAGACCCUCAGCCUGGGCGGCAACCAGCUGCAGAGCAUCCCCGCCGAGAUCGAGAACUUGCAGAGUUUAGAAUGCUUAUACCUUGGAGGAAACUUCAUUAAAGAAAUCCCACCAGAAUUAGCAAAUCUCCCUUCUCUGAAUUACUUGGUGUUAUGUGACAACAAAAUCCAGAGUGUGCCUCCUCAGCUCUCACAGUUGCAUUCUCUUCGUUCCCUGAGUCUCCACAAUAACUUGCUGACAUACCUGCCUCGUGAGAUCCUCAACCUUAUUCAUCUGGAAGAGUUGAGUUUGCGAGGAAAUCCAUUGGUUGUCCGUUUUGUUAGGGAUUUAACAUAUGACCCUCCAACUCUUCUGGAAUUAGCUGCAAGGACCAUUAAGAUCCGAAGUGUUUCUUACACUCCUUAUGAUCUUCCUGGGAAUCUCCUUAGAUACCUGGGUUCAGCCAGCAACUGCCCAAACCCAAAAUGUGGUGGAGUCUAUUUUGACUGCUGUGUCAGACAAAUUAAGUUUGUGGACUUCUGUGGGAAGUAUCGCCUCCCCCUGAUGCACUAUUUGUGUUCUCCAGAAUGCUCUUCCCCCUGCAGCUCUGCCUCGCACAGCUCCACGUCCCAGAGUGAGUCUGACUCCGAAGAUGAGGCCAGUGUUGCCGCGCACAGGAUGCAGAAGGUCCUUCUUGGCUGAGCAGCAGUGGGUGUUGACAAUGCUAAAACUAAACAAAGAUGAUUCAGAAAGACAAUGAAGCUGGAAGUUGAUUAGAAACCUUAGUGUUUUCAUCUUGAAUGUCCAUGUAAGAGUUGCAGUGAUCUAUCCGUUCAGAAAGAUUGAGUCUAGUUCUGUGCUUAGGUUCUUUGAGUGUAAUUUAUUCUGCAUGGCAGUUCAAAAUUCAUCAGCUGGUUGGUCACAAUUUUUACUAAGUCUUUGCUGAAACAUUAGAAGAAUGGUACACUCUGAGGAGCAGUCACAAUCAGCCUGGAGUGGUGUUACCUGGGGCCGUUGGGUUGACUAAGACGUCAUCACAAUUGUGCUUCCAGAGUUGUCCUGAUCUGUGCUGAGCACUAGGUUGUAAAUAAUGAGCGUCAUCCAUUAUUGAGCCUUUCUGACCAACUAACUGGUACCGUGAGGACUGUCACUUUUAAAUGGAAUAUUUAAGCUCCAGCUCUGGUUUUGUGUGAUUGUUAUUAACUAUAUGCAGUCUAGCUGUGAUGUGUUACAGUGCCUUAAUCCCAGCAAGGAUAUGGAAGCUUAUUCUAGAGAUGAUUUCAGAGAAGCCUGCAGCCUGACACUCUGCAGAAGACUUGGAAAUGUGCUAGCUAAAGAACUGUGUAGAUAUACCUGAGCCCUACAGGCCUGGAACUCUGUGUAGAAUGGGCUGGCCAGGAACUCAGAUCCUCCUGCUGCGGGCCUUAAAGGUGUGUGCCACCACCUGCCUCCAUGGCCCUCUUAACUUCAUUUUGUUAAUUGCAAUGAUCUCUUGUUAGCAUGGCUUUUAUACUUACGGGAGGCUGCAGUUGUGAUCAAUCAAUUUGCCAAAAGAUAGAAUAAUCUAUAAUAAUAUUUGCCAACAGGAAAAUUAAGAUGGCAAGUGAUCUAAGAAAAACUGCUUUAUAAUAGUGGACUAAACCAAGAAAAGUUGGCCAUGAUUGUGCAUACCUCCAAACCAGCACUAGGAGGUAGAGGCAGAAGAUGAGUUUCGUAGUUAGCCUAGGCGCCAUAGUGAGGUUGAGGCCAGCCUGGGAUAUAUUCAUGAAAACUUGUCUCAGAGUCGGGGUGGGUUAGGGUGGGGGUGGAUUUUAACCAUCAAAUGUGUCUCCUUUGCUUGUAUCAUACAGUAACCCAAAACUUUCUCUGCACUUGAAAGAAACUACAACUAGACGACAUGACAGUGGAAGAUAGUCAAUGAUAGUCUGAGGUGGAGCUCAUUAUGUUCAUCCACAAUAGAGCCAUUGAGCACUGAGAAAGAAGCAUCAAUAAAACAGGACAGAAAACGCUAAAAUGUUAAAGUGUAGGAGAAAAAUAGCAACACAAAUUAUUGUCAUUGGAAAUUAACAGAUUUGCCAGCUAGUUGAUUAUUCAAUAAAAACUAAUAUUAAAACUAAGUUGGAAUUAGGAAACAUUGACUCUCGAUACUGGUGAUCGAAUAAGCAGCCUGCAUGUAGUAGCAUGAAGACCGGUUGGUAAGCGCUAACAGUAGGUUCAGAUCACAUCAGGGCGCCGGUGAUCUCUUGAAGUGUGCUUUGUUAGAAGCCGGCUGUAUGCCGACAAUAUUUGCGUGGUAGGUUUCUUGUAUAUAUUACUUUUAUUUUAGUAGAUUAUAUUAGUAGAUUAUAGGGUAAUUCAGGGUUUGUGUGUGUUUGUGUCACGCCAUGAAACACGAGAGUUUCGUGGCUGCAGUUGUGAAACGCUGCUAUAGUGAGUCCCCUUACCUUUUCCUCAAAAUAGUGUAGUAAGAUAAUUUUUAUUUAGGAAUUUUCUUCCUGUGUUUAUAGAAGUGAUGUUUCUACUGCUAGCAUAGUUAAUUGUACGGUAGAAGUUAUAGUCUUUGUACUUCCCCAAGUGUGCAGCUGUAAGCUGCGGACUGCUGGGUUAGGACAGGCAGUGACACUUGGACAGUGCCCAAGUGUCAAACUUGUAAAUGCUUUGUAAUUAGAUGACUUUACUUACACAACACAGAAUAUUUUCAUGGAAAAUGUUCAGAUGAUGGGACCCUAUUCUUCUGGUUUAAAUACUUGUAGUUUUUUGAUUGAUAAUCCUCUAGUACUAAGUAAUAGCUUGAGUAGCCUUUUAGGAAUUACUUGUAAAUAGCCUUGUAAAUAGAGCAUCUAAUGCUACCCUUUCCAGCUUCCUAGAGAGAAGGUAUACCGUUUCAUCUUUCAUAAGUGUAAAUAUUCCAGCCUUUGGCAUGUAGAUGUAUCCUAUGUAGUUCUUUCAACGAAGUGUUUUUUAUGUGUGUAGUUAAGCUCUGAACAGUGAGCCAGGUCAGCAUGUAGCUGUCUUUUGGGCAGGGGUUGGGUUUAUAGGAGUAGAUGCAGGGCCUUGUGCAUGCUGAACAAGCUACAGUCACAGAUAGCUUUUAAUGAAGUCUUCAUUGGUAGCUGUUUUACCUUUGUUUGUUUGUUUUUAAUCCAUCUUAGGCCUUAUCCUUUACAAGAACCGCCAAUGAUUACUAAAAUCUUUUCUUUUAUAGACAUUAGCUUAGUGAGAUAGGAAUUGGCCAUCUAGGAUUCUGGUCAUCUUCUGAAGUCAGCUGAAUGUAGUAGUAGCGGUAGUCUGUCUCGCUAGUUAUGAAUCCCAUAUUUAUCCAGCUAAUGAACUCUUAGAGUUUCAGAAUUGGCAAGGGCUAAUUUUCACAAUACAGCUGUUUUAUUUUCUGAGACAGGGCCUGGCUGUGUAGCUCAGGCUAGCCUUGAACUUACUGUGUGUAACCCAGUCUUGCUUCAGCUGCUCGAGUCACAGGUGUAACCACGGGCCCAGCUCAGUGUGCCAGAGGUGCCUCCUGGUCUGAAAGUCUUGACGUUUAAAUUUUUGUCACUAAUGUUAAAAAUAAACAUACGUUGUAAAUUGACUUCAAAUAUGAGAAAGUUGGGGGUAAGUAAAUAAAAAUUAAAGGCAACCCUCAAUAGUGCAGCAUGUCACUGCAGACCAGUUCUGACAGACACUGCAAAUACUGGGUUUAAAUAAAGACUCAAGAAGAGGUUCCUUGCUUGAAUGUUAAGAAAAACAAAUCUUUAGAAGCAGCAAAGGAUAGGGAAAAUUAAGUCAUAGGGAAAUCCCUGCGCCAGUGAAGCUCUGUUGAAUAAUAAGGAAUUGUUUUAAAAUUGACUUGCCAAGUGGUCUGUUGCUGGCAUCUGAAAGCCUAGUCACUAAGUUUAAUACUGUUAGUAUUUUAUUGGUCCCUGUGCUGGAGGCUGUUCCAUUGCUCUGGUAAAGCAGAACCAGCAAGCUGUAGCUUUCUUUUACCCUUGCUCUUCCCAGAGUUGGAAGGUAGUUCCUCAUUGGCCUCCUUACUAGUAUAGUAGGUAGCCUUGGUGAAUUGCGCUUUUUUCUUUUGAACUGCAAAUUAAACAUUUAAUAGUAGCUUUUUUGCAUAAAAACAUGUUUAUUCUCUAAGUUCCCAUAUGAGUGCUUAUAGAUAUGACUAUCAGUAAAAGUGUAUAUGUAAAAUUAUUUAGCUGCAUUUAGUUUAAAGUGCCUAAUUUUUACCUAAUUGAUUCGCCUUUCGUCUAAAAGUAGAUUUUAAGUAUUGCUCUCCAUUUAGAUCAGCAUACUGAGUUUUUAAGUUAGUCUAGGCAGUGUAACCCUGGUGAAGGGUGCUGUGUAGGCUUCAGGCAGUGGGACCUGUAGCAUGUAGCUCUGUUUCUUUGCUUAGAAAAGAAGUGUUUAGUUAGCUUCAUCAUCUGUAUGUUAAGCAUUUAAUAUUGUGUAACAUUGAUUCCGUAGCAUGUAGUUUUAUAUUUUCAUCAUCGUGUACUCUUUUUGAUAGUGUAGUUGGUAGCAGUACCCUUUGUGGUCUGGGAGUAAGUGCCUUAAGUCUUCCAUUUAACUCAAAGGACAGUAUAAAGUAUAUUAUAUGGUAAAUUGUCAGUAAUGGCCAUGUGGUCUUCUGCAUUAACUUGAAGGAGAAAGUCUGAUCCUGAGAGAGUCCUUUGCCACCACAGGCCUGCUGGUUUCUUUUGGGGGGGGUGGGCUUCUGAGGAGGGAAUCUUAAUCAUACUGUACCAGGAGAUAAGAGCCCUCUGGAACCAAGAAUCAAGCACCACCACCACCCUGCCCCCAGAAAAGAAGUGUAUCUUUUAUAUAGUAUUUUAUUUAAAUGUAUAUGCUACCACAAAGGACAACAGAAGUUCCUCUGUUGUCAUAGCAUCUUAGGAAAAUAUUGUCACUGAGGUAUAGCAUGUUGUAUCACCGUUUCCUAUAGGCUGAAAGGGGUAGUUUAAUAUGUGCAAGUGCCACCGUUCUUAUGUUUUUCUUGAUCUCUAUUUACUAAGGAUUGAAUUAAACAUUCCACUAGCUCACAGCUGAACACUUAGGAGGUCUUGACGGGUGCUGCUAGGCUUUCUCUUAGCAGUUGUCAGCCUCAGUAAUUGAAGAAUAUUCAGCCUCGUGUGUUACGUGUGCAUUAAAUCUAGUAGCUUAGUGAAGGUUAUUUACAUGCAGAAAACUGCAUUUACUAGAACAUACUCUAUUCUCUUGGCCAUGAGUAAACUGAAUAAAAUUGUUCAUUCAAAACUCCAGCUGGAGGAAGAAACUAGGAUUAGAUUGGUAUUGCUGUUACUGCAACCAUAAGUAAGUUGACUGGCUUUGUGUACAGGGAUGGUUGAGAAUCCUGUUCUCACAGUUCACAUGGUCAGCACUGGUGUUGCUGAGAAACAGUGUUGACCCCAGUGUCACUUUCUAGCAGUCAUGUGCAGACUUGUGCUGAGGUUUGUUGCAUUCUGAGUCCACUUGGUGUUGUUAGAACAGAACACAGUGGGAAAGACUGUCUGCAUAAUCAGCCUUCGCUUUCUGUAGAGUCGGGGGCUUCUGAUGCCGACAAGAUGCUGAAAAGGUGUUACUUCAAAUUACUAUGUGUGCUCUGACUUCAUUAGUUUUCAGUACCUAAAGUCUUAUGUAUUAGAAAUAUCUGUAUAAGUAUAUAUGUAUAACUAAAAUGUAAGUCAGAAAUGUGAAUUAAUAAUGGAGUUUGUUUUCUGGAAAAGAUAUAGUCCUGUUAUAUCAAAUUUAUGUUACCUUAUAAUGGCUAAUAUUCUAAAAAGAAUGCUUAAACUAUUUAAAUUUUUGUGCCUCCUCCUCCAAAGGACAUGAAAAAUAUGGUCUUAUAUUAACUUUAUGUACUUACUUUCUUCAUGAAUUUUGCCUUAAACAUUGUGCCUUGUUUUAGUAAAUUGUUUUAUUAGAUUCCAAUUCUGGUCUUUGUAACAGCAUUUUAUUCUAAACAAACAUUUAUUUUAAAAAGAAAAUUUAUAAUACCUGUAUUUGGUAUAUCACUGCUUAUUUGUUUAUUGAAUUUAUUUGAAUACACAACUCCAAAAAUA